AACAAUGUAUGGAGUUUGAUUUUGGCUGUGAAGUAUGGACUUCCACAUAAUAACACAGGUCCUUCGAGACCAGCUAGGCCAUUUGUUGAUGACAGUGGUAGAACAGAAGGAUCUGGUAAUAGACGGCGAACUAACGAAGCCCUUUGACCGGUUUGCCGGCAUUUCUUUUCUGAAGCAACAUGGUGUCGAGAAGAUUUUCAAACUUGACCCUUCUCAGAAAGUCAUUCACGGAAGUGAGAGACGAAUUUACAUCGUUCGUGCCAAAAUGGUUACUAUGAAGGCGAUAGCAGAUCAGAUUAACGCGGAGAGGAAUCGGGGAGAUAAGCGGCUGUACACAAUCGUGUUAGUUCCAAGAAAAUUGGAACUCUGUGAAAUGAUUUUGGAAACUGAAGGUGUUUCGGGAUACGUGACUAUUGAAGAAUUGCAUCUGGACCUUAUUCCAUUGGAUACAGACUUGAUGUCACUGGAAUUACCUGAUUUCUUCUCUUCAUUUUACAUCGAUAAAGACUACACAUGGAUACACACUGUGGCAUCCUCUUUGGUCAAUCUUGAAAAUUUCUUUGGUGUCAUCCCUGAUGUGUUCUGUGUUGGUAAAGGGUCCAAGAUGGUGUAUGAACUUAUGGACUCAAUGAGAGGACUUUCAGGAACUCCACACCCAGCAGACAGCAGAAGUCAGAUUGGACAGCUGAUUCUGGUUGAUAGGAGUGUUGAUUAUGUUACCCCACUCUGCACGCCAAUGACAUAUGAGGCCCUUCUGGAUGAAAGAUUUAAGAUUGAGUGCGGUAUUAUCAAUUUUGGCCAUGAGGUCACAGGUAAAACACAAGAUGUGAAACAACUGCUGACUUCUCAGGAUGAAGUCUACAGGGUCAUUCGAGAUCGUCAUUUUUCAAAUGUUUUCACCUACUUGAGUUCCAAAACCAAAGAAUUACAAACUGGUUACGACAAAAAGAAGGAUUUGAAAACUGUUGGGGAUAUGAAGGACUUUGUUUCAAAUGACCUCAAAGAUUUGAAGGCACAGCACCGAACUUUAACCUACCACAUUGGUGCUUGUGAAGCAAUAAUGAAGAAGAAGAAAAGUGAAGACUUUGAAGAUUACAUUAAGGCAGAGCAUAGUGUCCUGGAGGGAAUUGAAACCAAAGAAAAUUUAACAUACAUAGAAGACAGUCUAUGUAAACAGGUUUCCAGUUUGGCGCCAUUGAAACUGUUGUGCUUGCUUUCCUUAACCCAAGGUGGGUUGGUGUCAAGCACUUACAAGAGCAUAACCAAUCAGUUCCUGCAAAGUAAGGGCUUCGAACACAUGGUUGACCUGUACCAGCUCAAGAGAAUCGGUCUCCUGGAAGAGCAGACGGCCACCCUGACUCCAGCCAAGCCAUUACCUAAGUCACUCCCAGGCAUUGCCAAGUCUUCACAGUUCAGAACACUGGCCAAAAAACUUAAUCUGAUUCCAAAGUCUCCGGAUGACAUCAACUUACGGAGUCCUAAUGACAUGUCGUAUGUUUUCAGUGGAGCCUACACGCCUCUGCUGUGUAAGAUUGUUGAACAGAUUCUUGAGCGGGGAGGACUUACUGGCAUGGACGAGGUUAUUAAACUUAUACCAGGUGGUAUCGUCCGUCAUGAUAAGACACCACCCAAUGGAAGCAAGAGCAAGUCUGACACAGUACUCGUGUAUUUUCUGGGAGGAUGCACCUUCAGUGAAAUCGCUGCUCUCCGAUAUUUAGUGCGACAGUUCAGUCGGAAAGUCGUCAUAGCAACAACUGCCAUCGUGACUGGAGAUACUUUCCUGAAAGCUGUUCUUGAAUAAAAUUUGAAAAGAAACUGUUUGACAGUGCAUUGUCUGUGGAAAAGUAUGUUACCAUGGUUACAGAACUCUGUGUGUAGUGUGAGAAUAAGUGUUCAUAAUAAUUAUUGUUUAGUACUGGUAUGACAGAGUAUGGAGAGUAUGAAAGACUACAAGAUUUGACUUUCCAUUUUGUCAUGAAAGCAUGAAAUAUCAAAUUGAACAUUGUCAUCUGCUUAUGUGAUAAGUCUUUUAUCAGUUUAUAGUUUUAAGACACAAACAUGACUGAACGUUUGUGAUCUGAACUUCAAGAAAAACAUAACCUUUAGACGUUAUUCUUGUACAACAUGGACAACUGUUAACAUGUGACUGGUAAGUCAUAUUACACACAUAUCAAGAGUCAUCAUAAAUUGUUAAUCUGAUUAUGAUCUCAUUUCAUCUAUUCAAUUUCACUCUUUGAGGACAACUGACAACGUAACAAUGCCAGACACUUUUUGAUUUGGUUUACAAAUUUCUUGCCCCCCAAAUCCGGUGAGUAUUUCAAAAUGUUAUAUAUUUUUUAAAAGUCCAAGUUCAAACAUUUUGUUUUUAUUUCCUCAAAAUAUUGAGUAGGUAGAUGAAAAAAAGUAGGGCAAGGGGGAAUAGGGAAAGAAACAAGUGUAUAGUUACCUCCCUUCCCUUGUACACACGUGUCCUGAUUCGUCAUAAUUUUUUUAUUGUUUUUAUGAUAAAUUUUCAACAGGUUUUAAUUAUAUAGUAUUUGAAAUAAUAUGUUUAUAUUGAAAGCGGCAGUAAAUGAUUUGUUUAUAUUAAACAUAUCACUUAUUUGUGGUCAUUGGAAUGAAAAACAUGCUGCUUUUCAAUUAUUCUUUUUUUUCACAUGUCACUUUUUGGGAGUCAACAAAUUUGUAAACCAAGUUUAAAAAAGCCUGUCGAAGACCUGAUAAUCUCAAAAAAGCAAGUCACAAAGUGAAGGGCACUUAUUUAGGAAACCAAAGGUGAUAAGGGGGGUUUGGUAUGUAUGAAACAGCUUUGUUUUGGAUGGUAACGGGUGGGCUGGCUCUGUGUUAAACAGAAUGUCUUAUGCCAUGCAUAGUUUUACACAGUUACCUUGGUUACUAACCCAAAACUAGACACAAUUUGUAAGGUCUGGUAUUUGGCUCAAAAUAUAGUAUUGUCACAAAAACAACAAUUCCGACAUUUCUACGAUUUAUGAUAUGAUUGGACAAGUUUGAUUGCGUGAUGUACCUCCAACAACUGGCCUGAAUUCUGAUUACAAACUUGGGUAUAGACAGCUUCUCAGAUGAACAAAGGGGCGGUCGGGUAGCCUAGUGGUUAAAGCGUUUUCUCGUCACGCCGAAGACCCGGGUUCGAUUUCCGGCAUGGGUACAAUGUGUGAAGCCAAUUUCUGGUUUCCCCCGCCAUGAUAUUGCUGGAAUAUUGUUAAAAGUGGCGUAAAACCAUACUCAUUCACUACCAGAAGAACAAAGCAACCAGUAUUCUGAAUACUAAACCAGCAUCAUCAGCAGGAAGCUAUUGUGAUAUUAUAGAAUGACUGACAGAUUGCUCAGUUGACAAAACUGUGUACAUUUGGAGGAUGUUUUGUACUUUUAUAGAGUCGGUGUUCUGAUCAGCCUGAUGUACUCUAGCGAGCUACCCACCCUUGUCAUGCUUGUCCUCAUGUCUGCCUAGACAAAUAUGUCAUCCUGCAAGUGCUACAAGUUAUAUCCUAUAGUUAGAUAAUACGAGAAUCUGCUACAUUCCGCCUUUCUGUUGUAAACAAAUGUUAACUGUUAUUCAUUAAGUGAAAUAAAAUAUCUCCUCCAAAAAUAAA